AUGUUGUUAAAUUCUCCAAAUAAAAUAACCAGGGAUGGCCAACUUAUCGACAUAAAGGAAGACGAUCCCGACCCGACGUUCGCCCUGCUGAACUCGCAUCGGUUAUUUUUCCUCAAAACAUCCGACUCCCGUCGCAUAACCGGUUCAUACCGGUGCAACGCCACCAACCCCGAUUCGAAAAUUAGUGAAAUUAGUGAAGAGGCUAGAGUGGGAUUAGCAAAUCUCCAGGGGGAUUUUAGGGAGCAUCCACUGGGCAGGGAUGCCGUCCUCGGUCAGGAGGUCACAUUCACGUGUAAGGCCCCUAGAGGCGACCCUGAGCCGAAAAUUAAGUGGGUCAAAGACAAUAAGGAUGUUACGACGUUCGGUAAUCGAAUAUUUGCCAACGAAAUCGGAUAUUUACGGAUAGGGCACGUUAAACCGGAAGACGCCGGGAUAUAUUCCUGUGUGGCAUUCAACAUGGCCGGUGAAAAGAAGAGCAAGUCGGCCAAACUGUCGCUAUUCAAAAAACCAGCAAUAAUUCGCGGGCCGCAAAACCAAGUGGUGAACGAAAACAGUGACGUCAUCAUGACUUGUCAAUCAUCCGGCGAUAGCCAAUCGGAAGUGACUUGGAGGAAGGUUAAUAACAACAGGGCUCUGCUUUCUUACAGGUUUCAAAAGUUGCCGAACAACAGUUUGAGAAUGUUGAAAGUUCAGGCUGAAGACGAAGGUACGUACGUGUGUAAGGAAGAAAAUAAGAUGGGCCAUGCGGAAUUGGAGGCUAAGUUAACCGUUCUAUAUAACCCAAAGUUCAAAACGUUACCAAAGAACAAAAUAGUAACGACCAAUAGGAACGUCCAUAUGAGAUGUGACGUCAUUGGGAAUCCAGCUCCCGUCGUCUAUUGGAUAAGACUGUCUGAUAAUGUUAGGCAUAGUAAAUAA